AUGUCGUUGUCCCACAUCAUGAAUCCUAUUCCUGCUGACUGGGCUUUAGCCACAACUCACAUUGCUAGUGAAUAUGUCUGCCGCCAGUUUUGUGCAAAUAUCGGCGUGUUGCCGAAGGUCCUCCCUCCGCCAGAGCUCAAUGUCGUGUUGCUGAUGGCUUGCUCUACUCUCACAAGGACUCUCGCCGAUGCAUACUGCAAUCCAGUUACCAUCAACUUGGAUAUGGUCAGGUAUUCGGAAGCGCUUCAAAUGCAGGAAAAAGGCCUCAAACCUGGGCGGGAAGAAUUCCUCCUUGCCCGAUACCCGCCGGAUUGUGAAAUCAUCCUUGAGCGUCCAGCGGUGGUGUUAGACAAAUUCGGCCUCAUCGUGUUAUGGUACCUCCCUGGCGCAAUCGAUGAUGCUAUCCAGAAUAAUAUGUUGGUGGCGACCAUGAUGAUGUCAAGCCUGCUCGGUAAGAGCAUCGCCCGAAGCUCAGCAAACAACACAUGGUGUACCCAUCAGUCGAAUUUUCAACCCAGUGAAAAUGGCCUUACCCCAGGUUGCAUUAAUCUUUCCCCAGCGUGGUUUCUGCAAGGUCUUCCGGCUCCUCAGUUUCAUCCCGAAGUCUCGGCGGCCCUGAAAAGUGAUGACGCACCAUCUUUAUGUUGGGCAAUUCGGAGGCUGGCGACUCUUGUUGCCGCUGCAUUGAGAGUUAUGCAUUCAGGUCUGUAUUGGUCUUCAUUGACAACACAGAUGGGCCUCGGGGUAUGGGCAGAUGCUCGUCAAUUGGAGAAGAUGGGAAAUUGCCUGAGAGGAUGGGCAUCUGUGUUUACAGUCCUCACUGUCAUGUGCAACUGGUAUUCUCCCUUGCACCGAGAUGCCCUAUCCCGUGCUCAAUGGUUUGACAUUAUGACCAGUGUCGGCGGGUACGCACCGGCACGCAUGAAGAUGCCUAAUAUCGGCAUUGAAAUUGCCUAUAACACUGGUGUUAUGGCUGGUACUUCAGGAAGAAUUGUGAGGCAUGGGGUGGAUAGGGUGAACAGCGAUCGAGUUGUCUGGAUUUGGUAUAUGAGGGAUGAUGUACAUCAAUUUAUUGAUGUACCCCGAGGCGACUAUUCACAGUAUAAAUCAGUCGUUACCAAUGCCUUGUAUUACACAUAG